CGCCCAGCCUUGCAGAAAAACAUGCUGUCUGCGGGCCCCUGGGGCUGUUCCCUGCUUGGGGGAACCGGGACGCGCGUGAAAAAUGCCGGGUUUGCCGCAGUGCCCCAUUUCGGAAGGUUUUUUAGAUGCGAGACCUGUUCUGUGGCUACAGCUGUUUUGUGUCGAAAGUGUGAACGGCUCCACGCGCCCCAUCCCGAAAAGAUGCGGACGGUGUGGGGCGGAGCGGGCUGCCCUCGGGAUCACCCCGGGCCACCCAGCUGCUGGGUUGGGCCAGGACGAAACCGGCACGGGCGAGGAGCGGGACUCUUCCCGAUGCUUGCGUCGGGACAGCCCCCCGGGUCACUCGUGGGCACCUCCUGCCUGGCUUCCCACCCCACUGUUCACAGGACUCCCCAUCUUCCCUCGGUGCUCUCCCGCAGCACUUUCCUUCCGGGCAGGAGCGGGCAGGUGUCCCCAGGAGCUGCUGCGAUGGAGCUGGGGAACAUCUCGAAGCCCACGUACGGCGCUGGCCCCGAGGCGCCGGGGAGCAGCACGCCGGGGCUGGUGACAAUGGCACACGGCUUCCUGCGGCUGGUGCAGCCCAACCCCCUGCCCAUAGAGCUGAUUAAUUUCGGGCAGUCCCAGAGCGCGUUCACCCGGGAGGAUAUCCAUGAGCUGCUGCUCUACGAACUGGGUUUCCUGGUCUGCGCGGCCAUCGGAGUCCUGUUCAUUAUCCUGGUGCCGCUGGUGGGAUGCUGCUUCUGCUGCUGCCGCUGCUGCGGGCGCUGCGGGGGCCGCAUGUACCAGAAGCAGGGCGGGCGGACGGGCUGCCGGCGCCGGGCGCUCUGCGCCUCCGUCCUGCUGGUCUCCGCUCUCCUCCUGGCUGGUGGUGUCUGUGCCCUCAUCAGCAAUGCCCGCUUCUCCCAGGCUGUGAAGAGCACCUUCCCCAGUGUGAACAGCACUAUGGAUGAUGUCCACACCUACGUGGCCUCCAUCCCACAGCAAAUCGAUUUUAUCAUCAGCAAGAGCGAUGUCCCGCUGGACUACGCCAACAGCAGCCUCCAGGGUGAGGGUCACGGACGCUGCUCUGGGCUUAUGAUCACCUCACGCAUCAGGAGCAGCACGGACGCUGCUCUGGGCUCUCUCCAGAGCCUCUUGCAAGGGAUGGAGACGCUAAAGGAUACCUUUGGCAGCAUUAACAUCAGUCGCUCAGUCCUCGAGGAGCUGCAGAGCAACUACAGCCAGGAGUUGGCCAGCCUGCAGGACAGGCUCAACCUCACCCUGCAGAACUGUGGCCUCCCCUGCAGCCAAGUGUCCCUGGCUGGGCUCACCUUCACUGCCAACUUCAGCACGAUCCCAGGUGUGGAGCAGCAGCUGGAGGCACUGAGUCAGGUCUCUGGCUCAAACAUAACGGCUGAUUUAGAGGAGGUUAACAGAACGCUGGACACAGUCCCUGAAAAAGUGCAAGAGCAGUCACAGGAAGUGGUGGCAAAGAGCCAGGACCAGCUGGGCCUCAUCAGGCAGGAGAUCAGAAGCUUGCAGGAAGGGUUUCCUCUCCUGGAUGUGGAGGAGAAAGUUGGAGCCUUUGUGAGCAAUGCCACAGCAGCACUGGAGGAGUACAGGGAGCCGAUCAUCGCCUGGGAUGGGCUCAGGUUGAUCUUGUGUGCCAUCCUGUGCUGCAUGGUGCUGCUGGUGGUCCUCUGCAACUUUUUUGGGCUGCUGCUGGGGCCCCUGGGGCUGAAGGAGGGUGUGCUGCCCACGCAGCGCAGCAGCCUCUCCGAUGCCGGUGGGAACUUCUUCAUGGCAGGGGUUGGCUUCAGUUUCAUCUUCUCCUGGCUGCUCAUGCUGCUCGUGAUGAUCAUCUUCCUGCUGGGGGGGAACAUUUACAUGCUCGUCUGUGAGUCCUGGAACAACCAGCAGCUCUUACAGCUCCUGGACACCCCUGGCGUGAUCCCUAACUUCAAUCUCUCGGAGGUGCUGGGCCUGAAGGGUGACACAGCAAACUUCUCAGAGAUAUACAGGCAGUGCCAGCAAGAUGCUUCCCUGUGGAAAACUCUGCACUUGGACCAGAGUGUGUCCCUGGAUGAGCUCUUGAAUAUCAGCCAGUACACAGGAGACAUCUCCACAGCUUUUGAGAAGAUGAACAUCACCCUAAGCCCCAUCUCCCUGCUCAACCAGAGCCAGAAAGACCUGCUGCUGAAGGCCAGUCAGGCUGGACAGCCCCCCAACUUCACCCUCACCCUGGAGCAGUUGGAUCAGAAUAUAACCCAGAGAAGCCUCCUGGAUCUGGCUGCAGAGUUAGAGCAGCUGGCAGAAAAAAUGGAUGCAGAUGUGAAGAGGGACCUGGAAGAAAAAGCUCAUGAACUGAGGGAGCUGGAAAAGGAGAUGCAGGCGAGCUUCUCUGGGCCACUGCAAGGUCUGAAGGAGAACAUCCACUCCGUGCAGAGUGGGGCUGCCCAGCUAGAGGGACAGACAACAGCUGUGCUGGACAAAGCCAACGAAACGCAGGAGUUCCUGGAGAGGGAGAUGCCAAACCUCAUCAAGAACGAGACACGGGCCUUCCUGGAGAAGCUGUUGGAUUUCUUUGAGACCUACAUUUCAUGGGCCAAGAGCAGUGUGACAGAAGAAUGGGCACGUUGCAAGCCCAUAGCUCAGUCCUUGGAUGAUGUGGAGACCAUUGGCUGUGACUAUAUCAUGGACUCUGUGAACGCCUUCUGGUUCAGCCUGGGCUGGUGCACCUUGUUCCUGCUGCCCAGCAUCAUCCUGGCUGUCAGACUUGCCAAGUUUUACCGCCGCAUGGAUAUUGCCGAUGUCUACAGGAAUGAAGAAUUUGAGAUGCCACCAACAUUCAACUCCUACAAAAUCCCCAGGCCUUCCACAAGGCAUUAGCCCCUGUCGCCUGCAGAUGGAGGAGGAAAUGGACAGACCCCCUCACUGGAAAAAUGUGACUAUUUAUUUUUGCAGGGAGCCUGCCUCUUUCCAAGGCUGUAAUUUUUGGUGUCAAACAAUAAAUGGUGUGUCUGUGUGCACUGUGGGAUGUGACUGUGCUCCUCAGGUCUAGCAGUGAUGGAAGUAUGCAGGGCUGGGGGCUGGAGGGCUCCCCACUGCUGGCACAAGCUGAGGCCAGAGGGCUCUUUCUGGUGUUCCCAAGUGUGCUCUGCCCACAGCCAGCCCACGGGUGGAUACAGGGUCACUCCUCAGCGUCACCAACACUGGCUGAUGUUCCUUUAUUGGGAAGCCAUUUGCAUCUCUGGCUGGGUGAGUGCCAGGUCCCUCCCUGGGACAAGCCACACAAAGAGCCUCCUGUCCAUGAAGUCCCACCCCAGCACACGAACACUUCCCUCUGGCAACCCUAGUCUGUAUCAUCUGUGGAUUUCCAGUGAGUUUAUGGGGUGCCUGCAGCCUACACCUCCUUCCCUCUGCAAGAUUUGAUGGCAUGGCUCUGUGCCCACCGCUGCACAGCCCAUGCUCUGCACAAAUAAACCAAGGGUGACUUGGUCUAGAGCCCCAGGGUGAGUUCAGGUAUUGCUUUGUGCUGCUCCUUGGUGCAAGGGCAGGGACAUCCCGAAAGCCGUGUCAGGCACAGGGGAUCUACGUGAGCAGCUUGACUCAUUUCCUUUGUUGCAAAGUCCAAGUUUCUCUGGAGCAGUGACAGGGCCAGGCCAGCCAGCUCCCCCUCCACUAUGUGCAUCUCUUUUUAUUGCUUUUUCCACUUGCCUUCAGAUCUAAUUGCUAGUUUUUCCUUUGGGCUUUAUCUGAAGCUGCACCAGCCUUACCUCCUGCUGUCUCCCUGCAGCAGAGCCUGACUGCAGAGAGAGCCCUUCACUUGCCUGUCAGUCAGCUGAAUCUGUCCUUCAGAUUGGCUUGGCCCCUGCUUCCCCCAGGGCUGCCCACCCUUCCAGCAAGCCUUUGGAAAGCAUUCAGCUCAGUUUUGUCUGUUCUCCUCUGCCCUGGACCCUCAGCCUCCAGAAUUCUGACUACUUCCUGUUUUUCUAGGGCCCAUACAUGGAGGCUUCUGCCCCCAAGCCUCAGGCUGUCCCUACUGCACCAUGUAUGUUCCCUGCUUCCUCUUCCCCUUCUUUGUCUCAGGGAUGCCAGCUCACACAGGAUUGCUGCUGGCUUCUGUUUCCGCUUGCUGGCUUUGUGGGCAUUGCUUCUUCCCUGCUCUGCUUUCUCUGCAGAGCCAGUGCUGGAAGGCAGGGGGCUUGACCCUCACUCACCGUGUCACUGUGGCCACCUGCACCCAAACCCAGCCCUGGCAAUGAAGAUGUCCUCCCCAAAUGACUGCACAGCCUUUGCCAAGAUGUGGGGCUUGCUCUCAGCAGCUCCCCCCUCAGUGCAGCUCCAGGGCAGUGUUCCGAUCCCUGGAGCCAUGGCUCUAAGAAGAGCUGGGAUCCAUCCAUCAUCCUCCUCCCAAGCAGCCCUGGGAGGUGGGUGAGGCCAGCAUCAGGCAAGGCCAGCAGAAUGGAGAGGGGGCAGGGGCAGCUCAUUACAAAAUACCCACAGUGGAUCCACCAGCUCUCCUUUCAGGCUGCACUCUCUCUGCUCACGUGUGUGGUGGCUGCCAAAGUGAGAGGGAAACUCACAGUGCCCCAUGGCCACAGCACAAGGCCCCCACAAAGGAAGGUCUCAUCAAUAACCAGCCAGUCUCUAGGGAACCACUGCAUCAGUUUCUCUUCCUCUUGCCAGACCUUUUUCCACCACGGGGACUUUCCACAGCCAAGGUCUUCUCUGGGGGAGACUGCCACAUCUUUACAGUGGUUUCGCAAACAAUAAUCUCUCCAACGGCAGCUCUGAAACUGCCUGGCAGCAGGAUUUUGCUGGGCCAGCCAGGUGCUCUCUCUUGCUAGUUUUCCUAAAAAACAGAUCAUUUUCAGCUCUUAAUCCUCCCUUCCUCAACUCUGUGUUGGGCCCAGCCACGCCACGCACAGCCUGGAUGGCCCCUCCCUGUGGCACACACGCUCCAGCCUGCCUGUGCAGCCUCCAUGGCUUCAUAGUGGUAAGCUGAGCACCACAGAGGGAAUGGGCUGUCUGGGCAUGCUCUUCUAGCCCAGCUGUACCACUUGUGAGCCAUGCUGGGCAGCACCAGAGAGAUGAGCCUGGCCACUUUUCACCAGAGGCAGAACAAGAUUGCCCUCCUUCUGACAGUGUGUACCCUCACAGCAUCCACCACCACCUCAGCAGUGCUUUAGGAACAUUUAUUUUUAAAAGGAGUCUGUCUUCCACACUUAAGACCACUCUUAAGAGGAUUAACACAGGUGAAUCUCCCACAGCCCAACAAGGCAACAGACAGCUCCUUUACACCAAAGCCCAAAAUGCAGGGGCAAAGCCACAGCCAGGGUCUCCCUCCUGGUGGAGGGGGCCAGGCACCAGGCACCUGAGAGGCUGGAACCUGGAUCUUCCUGCACAAACUGCUCUCAAGUUACAGUGAUUUUGCAAACAGAGGCACAAUAUGAGCCAGACAACCCCGACAAAGCCCCUUUGUAUGCAAAGGGCAAAGGCAGAGGAGAUGGGAACAGAGGGUCUGGGUGUCCUGCAGCACAAUCUAAGCUCCCACAAAGGAAAGGGAAAGGCAGGGCCAGCCCCAAGCUCACGCAGGCUGCUGCAAGCUGCUCAGCUCAGAAGAGAGUUUGGAUACUGCCUGGGACAGAGAGAUAAGGGAAUUAGGCUGCUCUUUUCAGCUAAGUAUCUGCAAUCAGUCACAGCUACAGGACUGAUCCCAGAGGAAUUGUGGCGAGAAAACGUGUGGAGUGCUGCAACUGCUAGCGUUGUGUGCUGGGACCCCCAGUGCCAUGGAGCUGUGCCACACUGGCAUGCAGCAUCUGAGCCCAAAACAGCGGGACUCAGUGGUCCAGCUGCAAGAAACAUGCCCUGUUUCUCACAGACAGAGCUUGAAGGUACCACCCAACUCACUGAGCAGAGAAAGGGGGUGGAAGACUGUGUAUCCCUGCCUACCACUCCACCACCAGUACUAGAGGAUCAGGGAUAUAGAAGUGGAGUUAAAAAGGAGUCAAACAAACUGAAAACAAAGUGCUUUGGGCAGGGAGCAAUUCUGUAGUCCUGUAGUGCAGCCAGCGUUUUCAUCUGCAAAUGCACCUGGCAUUUGCUCCUCCACUGGCACACACACAAUUGCACUUGCUAGGAAUACCCGGAAAGCCUGCCCUGGCUCAGAGGAGAUCCCCCAACCCCA